ACGAACUUGCUUUUCUCUUCGCCCAGGCUGAAAAGCUAGAACUCAGGUGGUCGCUGGAUCGGAAAAGUAAAAAAGUAAAGUAAAGUUUUCUCCUCGACAUGUCUAAGCCCUUUCUCAGAACAUUUCAGGCAAAAAAAAAAAAAAAGGGGGGGGGGAUACAUAAACAUAUGGACCAGUUUGUAUUAUUAAGAUUUAAGAUCAUAUAUUAGUCUAGAAAAUCUGUCAGUUUUGUUGGAUUUACAUUUAAUUUGCCCUGACUUUUUUUAUCAUAAGUUCUGUGGUAGACUCGCUUAUUUCAUUCUACUUUUCUAUUGUUACAAACGAGUUGGAGUAUCCCCCCGACAAGAUUGCCAUUUGACAUCGGUUGUUCACAACAGUGCACUCCAAAACACCGGUUUAGGAUCAAAUGGAUGUUUGCCCAGCCCAACACUGGACGAUUAACACCACCCUUUUCCGCUUCUACAACCAACAAUUCCCCGCCUUCCUCGCUGUCGCCUACCGCGCAAGUGUCCUGUCCCCCCGCUCAGUCGCUGGUGGUAUGUCGUCGCUGUGGUAAGCACACGGAGGAACUCUUUUGUAUUGCAUUGUUUCGUGGAGUGGAUGUGAUGAUAGAUAAUAUCACAAUAAUUCAGAUAAUGCCGUGCUGCAGACAAGUCGUUCAUUUGUUCACAGCCUGGAUAUGCCUCCAUGUAUAACAACAAUGAGGUCAACUAAAGAAAAACAAUGACGAUACCAGCGAACUUCUCGAGUAUAUCGAGCAAACACCAGCGUCCUGACGGAUUAACAAUAAAUACUAAUUUCUCAACAUUGUUUUCUACGUCACCCGGAUAAUCGUGGACAGUGGUCAUCCCAUACCCUCGCCGUCUACUGGUCAGUAAGUGUCCGGAGUCCUGACCACCCGAUCUGGGUACGGGCAUGGCACGUUCUGUGUUGGAUUAUUUCAUACGCAUCCAGGAAAUCCAUAAGUGUUCAUUUCACGUUCGGUUUACGGUGUUUGUGUUGGUUCUCUUUCUGGCGCUUGGAAAGUUCAACUUUGCGAUAUCGGCCGAGAUAAGUCGGAGUUCACCAACAAGACAUUUAGGUACCCAACCAACAGACGCUUUGCACCAUUGUCCUCCAGGAUGGACGCUGAAAGAUACUCAAUGCUUCAAAUUUGUCCAAGCACUUUUAAGUUGGGUGCAAGCAAAGAAAUUGUGCAAAAGCUAUGGAGGAGAUUUGGUGAAAAUAAAGAGCCAGUGUGAACAACAGUGGCUAAGUCACUUUAUUGUGGAGCAUUUGGAUGGAGGACAGACCAGUGGUCAUGCAAAGGAUUCUGUUUCUCCAAAUGAUAAUCCGUCCAUUUUAUCUGCGUGGAUUGGUUUUUUGCGUCUCCCUGACAAGACAUUCCAGUGGUCGAAUGGCCAGCCUGCAGUAGAGCAAGAUGGUUUCUGGGCACUGGAUGGUCUAGGACAGGGAAAAAAUGAUCCCUUUUCUAAGCAAUGCUGUGAUAUGAGGAGGCAGAUGCUCAGUGAAGUAGACCUCCGCUGGCAUCUCGGUGAUUGUGAAGUGCCCCGCUCCUCCGUGUGUGCUCUUAAAGCCUGUGAAGAGCAUUCUUUUCUGUGUGACCAGAGAUGCAUUGGUCAAGCCAGGGUUUGUGAUGGCCUUUGGGAUUGUCUGGACGGCUCAGAUGAGGCAGACUGUGGCAGUGAUGAAGUAAGUCUGGCUCCAACAACAACCUCCCAGCACUGUGGGGGUCUUCUCAGGGGAUACUCAGGCACAUUCCAUUCGCCAAAUUUUCCGGAACAUUAUCCGUCAUUUUCAAAAUGUAUAUGGAAACUUGAAGCACCGCCAUCAUUCAUCAUCAAAAUUUCAAUUGCUGCUCUUGAUGUAGAGGAAAAGUAUGAUUCUGUGACAAUAUAUGAUGGUGGAGAGAUUUCUCCAGAAUUGUCUCUUGCUGUGUACAGUGGAAGCGUUGUACAGAAAGAAGUCAAAUCCUCUGGUAGUUUUGUUACUGUGCAGUUUAGUGCGGACCAUGCUAUUGAAGGGAAAGGCUUCAAUAUAUCUUGGCAAUCAGUGAGCCAAUCACAAGUUGGGACAAGUAGCCGACAGCUGUUUGCUAAGCAGGUGGAAUCAGUAUUGUCAUUUCCUGUGGAAGGUCAUCUUGACCAGAGUUCUGUUGUUGGACAUGAAACUUUUGAAUGGCUCAUCAGUUCACCUGUGCAGGGAUCUCUCCUGUUCCUACAGAUUUCAAAUAUCAGCCUAAGCUCGGGCGAAUCUAUUAAAAUCUUCGAUGGCCGAGGAAGCCACGAUUCCCUUGUGGUAGAGCUUACCCCGAACCAAAGUCAGGCUUUGCAGCAUCAUGAAUCUCACCUCUGGCACAUGCAAGACCUGAAUGCCUUACAUAUUCCACAAGUGAUCGUCUCAUCUGGGCCGCAUAUUUAUGUACAGUGUAUAUUUAAAAAAGGCAGCUUGCCAAAGAUUGCAAUUUCUUAUAAGAUGGGUUGUGAUGUAAAUAGUCUAUCUAGUGCAGUGCUUAUUCGUUCUCCCGGGUACCCGUCUUCGAAGUACCCGCAUGACCUCAACUGCUCGUGGAAUGUCCCUGAGAACAAUGAGGGGAAGACCCUGUCUCUUCUCUUUAUGGCUCCAUUUGUGACAGAGGCUGGGAAAGACUAUGUACAAGUCUAUGCUUCACAGAUUGAGCAAAGUGAUUUUCUGGUUGAGAAUAUUUCUGGAUCACUUUCCCCACAGUAUCAAAGAAUCUCAUCUGAUCGUGGUUUUAUUCUGAGAUUUAUUUCUGAUGCAACUAUUAAUCGGGGCCGCUGGGCGGCUAUUGUAUCAUAUGAGUGUGAUCUCCUGUCAGUAUUACCGCCCCUGCGGCUCAACAGCACAGACACCAGGUUUGGCGCUGUGGUGGGGUACAGCUGUGAGGACGGCUUCUUCCGCAGUGGACCCGAGUCUGCUGUGUGUGGGAUAAUGGGAGAGUGGUAUCCUGCCGCCAAGCCUGUCUGCAAAGAGAUAAGUUGUGGACCACCUGAAAUUCCACACAAUAGCUAUUUGAUUGACAUGAGUGGAGUCAAGUACAGAGACGUAGCUGAGUUUGCCUGCUACUAUGGCUUUCAAAUAAACAGCUAUAAUGUUGCUACUUGUGGUCAGCAUGGUUGGGAAAAUAUUCCUUCUUGUGAAGCCGUCCACUGUCUUAAAGAAGCACCACCAUAUGGUGGGAAUGCGAGGGCUGAAGACAUUGUCUUUGGAACUGUGAGAGAGUUCUUCUGUUUGUCUGGUCGCAAACUUGUUGGCUCAAAGUUGUCUCAUUGCAAUAUCACUGGUGUCUGGACAGAUGUAGUGCCAGUUUGUGAGGUUCCUCAGUGUCCUCUCGUUGAACAUGUAGUACAUGGGACGACCAAUGUAAGUGCUCCUACUCUGGUUGGAGAAACUGUUACCAUCAUCUGUGACAAAGGCUACUAUUCAAAUGGAACUGAGCUUUUGACCUGCUUGGACAGUAUGGAAUACGACCAUCCUCCCCCUGUGUGUAUGGACCUAGAUGAAUGUGCUGCUGACAGCGACCCAUGUUCUCCACAUACUUGCCAAAAUGUUCCUGGAGGCUUUAACUGUUUCUGUGAUAAAGGCCAUCAAAAUCCUGUAAAUGAUAGCUCUCUCUGUGUAGACAUAAAUGAAUGUGAAACUGAAAAUGGUGGCUGCAGUCACAACUGUAUUAACAGCCCUGGUGGUCAUUCCUGUGACUGCCCAGACGGUCUUGAACUGUAUGGUGGACAGUACGAUAAGAUUGGAAACCUUACACUUGUACCUGAACGGACAUGCAUAACAAAAUGUAAGAGGUUUAUGGUGAGUGGAGGAGAAGUGAUCUACCAGAACAAACCUUUCCCAGAUGGAAGUUUUAUAUCAGGAAUGACAGCUUUCAUCAAGUGCCCUCCAGGUUCAUUUCCUAAUGGAAACACAGAGGUGACCUGUUUAAGUGGAUUUGGAUGGUCAUCUGCAGUCACCAAUUGUGUUGAUGCUGUCUGUUCAGACCCUUUGCCUCCUGUGAAUGGGGAAGUUACAGUGACUAACUUGUCACUGGGCAGUACUGUUGUCUACACUUGCAAUAAAGGAUACACUUUAGUUGGGAAUUCCUGGAGGCUCUGCGUUCUUAUUCAUGGAAAGCCAACAGAAAAAUACGCUUGUGGUUGGAGUGGAGAGGAGCCAGUAUGCCAAGAAAUUGCCUGCAAGGUUCCUGCUCACCCUGUAAAUGGUGCUGCUUUUGUUGACUCCCUCUUGUAUGGCUCAGUGGCUGUCUUCAAGUGCACUUGUGGCUAUCGUCUGAUUGGCUCUUCUUAUGCUGUGUGUUCUGAAGAUGGAAGAUGGAGCGACCCUGUGCCAUUUUGUGAAUCUGAGUCUUGCCUUCAUCCUGAUCUACCCAACUAUGGAAGUCUUGCCAAGUUUGAUGUAGGCUUUCCUGUUGGCAGUGAUGUAUAUUUCCAAUGUGAUAAAACUGGAUAUAAGCCUCAAGAUUACAAGCCUUUGAGGUGUUUGCCUUUCAAGAAGUACAGAAUAUCCGACCUCAGUGCUUUUUUCAAACUUGCUGUAAACCUGUCCCUUGUUUUGAGUAACAAUCAGACAUUGUCAUCUAACUGCCUGAGACUCUACGAAAUGAGUUUACAGCAAAGCUUUCAAAGCUGGAUUCAAACACUUCUAACGUCAUGCCCUGACAUGCAAGUCAGCCUAAAGGGCAACGUUUUUUCUAAUGUCAAUAGCUCGCAGAUUCACCAGAGGUUUACUGUAUCUUUGAGAUCUUCUGAGAAUUCUUCAUCUUCGUGUUUAUGCGGCCAAACAAUAAUGGAUUUCCUGACAGCUGCCGAAGAUGAGAUAACAGUUAGAAAUAUAACUCUUCUCACAAUGAUGGGUUUUGAUUGUCCUGCCCUGGAACCCGACUCACAGACAAACAUGAGUGUGUGGGGAGACUGGAGCUGUGGGCCUGGACAGAGGCUGCUGAGCAAGGGAGGGGAAACGUGUGCUUCAACUCCAUUUUGUGUAGAAGAUUGUAUUGAUGAUGGUAUAGACACCCUUGAGCUUGAUGAAUUUGUGUCCAAACCAAGUUCCUAUAUGGAUGUAUCAGAUGAGCACAGUACGAACCCCACCUUGACUUCGCUGUCUGUAGACAAACCUGUGAGCACCACUUUAGCGACAACAAUGAUGACAGAAGAACUUUUAACAACUUUUAGCAGUGCGUUAAAUCCUGAAAGAGAAGAUAUCACGUCUGUGACAACUACGUCUAGUGCAACAUCAAACGUACCGACUUUUGGUGGCUCAGAUGUAUUGCCAACGUCUCGUCUACCGGUUACGGUCUCGACAAGUAGACCCAUUUUAGGGGUCAGUGUAAGACCUUCUUGGCCCAGCAGUACCACAACAAAACCCCCUCUGUUUACUCCGAACCAUCUCACGUUCUUCCAUUCAAGCACUCUUGAUACGUGGGCGGAACCAAAUGAAACCUCUCCGCCCACCACUUCUAGCCCUGAUCCAACUGCCUCUUCAGCUACAACCUCAACCGUGGAAACUUCUGACACAAAAAGUUUAGGAACUGGAAGCUUCCGAGACGAAGAGAUGCAUAAGGUGACUGAUACCCAUUUUGAUGUGGAUAUACAUGAAAAAGAUCAAGCCUUUCAAGUAAGCGGCGUGAAUUGUACGGGGGAACAGAUGCAGUCAGGUCUGAACAGUGGGUCUGGUGGAGAUGCCAAAGAUAUCGUGAAUGUGACCAACUGCUUGACCACCCAUACUCUGGAGAAACAAGAGACCACAGUGUUUCAAGGUCCUUCUGUGGCAGCAAUGGACAUGACAUCUCCAGUGUAUUCCGUUGAAGUGAGAGACCGAAUGGCAGGCAGCUUCUCCAAUGUGACAUGCAUAGAUGCUGUACACAUUAACAUCAAUGCCAAAGUUAAUGAAUUGCUUCGAGAAUUUGGCAGUCAAAUGGGGAAACUGGUGUGCAAGAGUGCUCCGGAUUCAACCCUUGAACUCACAGCAGGAAACAUUAGGUUCAAGAGUAACAGGGCUAGACUGUUCAUCAAGUUCUCCAUCACUCACUCAUGGUCAAACAGGUCAUCAGUCGAGGCGUGUGGAAAUCAGUUCAGAAUCUAUGUAGCGUCGCAACUAACUAAAAAAUUUCAAAAAGUUGAGAGAGAAGUUUUGCCAUCAGAAUGCAAGUUUGUGAAAUACUCUGUGCACACGUUUCAGUUGUCCUACAAUGGCUGGACUUGUCACCAAGGCUACUCUUUUGACCACUCUUCAUUUUUGUGUGCUCAGUUGACAAACAAGGAAGAUAGUUUCCCCAGCUUGAUCACAAUGUCUUCAUCCGCUAUCUCCUACACGCCUUCCCUUGUGACACCCAGAUUGGUCUUGCACUUUGCUGGAGCCUUCAGUCCUGUACGGAGUAGAGUGGAGGUGAACAGUUCCUGUAUUAGGGAGUACAAGAACGGCCUAACAGCUGCUCUGUCAAGGCUCGAGCCCCAUGUGCAGUCCAGAUUUAAUCAUUGUCCCAAUGUCUACAUCGAUAUUACGAAAAACAUUUCUGUGAUUGUGAGCCGGAAAAGGGUAAUCGCAUAUGCAGAUGUAUUGCUGGUUCCCAUGAAUGACACACUGGAUCAAGACACCAUGAACAAGUGUGCAAGAUUUGUGUCACUCCAAUUUCGAGAGCCAUCGCAACACCUGUCCACAGUCACUCUGAAGAAAGAGUUUCUACAGCGUUGUCCAGAGGUACAACUCAGUGCACCUCUUCGGAUGGAUACUCUCAGCUUAGGUCCCCAUUGUGUGCAGGGCUUUGUCUAUGAUGAAUCCAAUUUUAAAUGCAUGGAUGAAACCUUGCCUAUCUAUGCAACCAGUGUGGAGUUCACCUUGAGUGGGACUGUUGAAGGCAUAGCCUGUGAGACUGUUGUACAGAAUUCCGUCAAGCAGAUGGUCGAGAGUGUGAUUCGUCCAUUGCAAGAUGGUGUCAGACGAGCCCAGGUGUGCAGCUCUUCCAAGAACUUGAUUCUGCUUUCCGGUCAAGGAUCCUUAUCAUUUCGGCCUUUUGGGGUAACCGUCUUUGUACCCAUCAAUGUUCUAAGCUUAGCUGGCAUCCAGUCUGAUGUGAUCAGCUGUUCAAAUGAACUUCAUCGCAGUUUGAAGGACUACCUUGUCUCACCAACUCGCGCACUUCAGCGGUCUGUGCUAGAGAAAUGUAACACAAAUUUGGAGGUGCCUAUGGAUCACACGGUUGCCUUCACACAAUGGAGAUGUCUGGGUCAAUCUAUGUACAACCCUUUCACUCACAGGUGUCAGAGUCAGACCACUCAAGUUCAAGAUGUCCGCACAAAAGGGCUAAGCAUUUCACACCGCCACCGUCGCCAUGCAAGUUCUAUACAUCUGAGACCACAGUGGAAUGGCACAACACCUGAGUGCAGAGACGUGGAACCUCCUUCCUUCAUAGACUGCCUGGACAUUCCAGUCAAAAUUGUCCUUGGGAACCCUUUUCCAGUUCCUGAAUACAUUCAGUUGCCUAUUGCCUUUGAUAACUCUGGACUAGAGCCUUCUAUCACUUUUGAACCAGCAGGAUUUAAAGUACCAUAUAAGUUUCAUAAGAGUAUGGAUGUUGUCGUGAUAGCUACUGAUGCAACUGGAAAUUAUGCUCGAUGUAACAUUCAAGUUCUCGUAGUGGACAAGGUACCCCCAAGUAUAACUUGUCCCCUUGAUCUGGUGCUCCUGCAUGAGGAAAAGGCCACGGAGGGGUCAAAGUACACCUACAUCAGCUACGAUGGAGCUGGGGUCACAGCGCAUGAUAACAGCGGCAAGGUGUCAAUACAUUAUGACCCCCCUCGUGGGUCCACUGUGGUAGCAGCUGCAAUUAUGAAUGUGACAGCGACAGCCAAUGACUGGAGUGGCAACACUGCCAAGUGUUCUUUCUUUGCAAAGAUUCAACCCACACAGUGCCACAGCUGGAGCCUACCGGACCCUGAAGGAGGACGUAAGACAUGCACAGUGGCCAGCACAAACCAGGGGAGCUUGGCCUGUGCUGUGUCCUGUGACAAGAACAAGGACUUUGCAGUCCAGCCCCCGGAGCAGUAUGUCUGUAGGACAAGCUCCGUGUGGCAGCCUCAUGACCGCGUCCCUAAGUGUGUAGAUACAGUGUUCCCUAACUUUGAGGUUGACCUUCUGUUCAACUUUACCUACGUUGGCAUUGGUGCCAGCACCAAAACGUGUCGUAAUUUGACGUUGGAACCGCUGCAAAACUACAUAAGGCCCAUCCACCCGAGCAAUGUGUGUCAGACAGUGAUGAGGAAUGUGGAUUCUGUCAAGAUGAAUAUCACUUCCAACUACAAGGGUAUGACUGAAAUGGUGGCUGUGAACAUCAACAUUAAGAUCCUCAUCCAAGUCUCCACUUAUCAGCUGGAGGCUUCACCAGCCUCAUGGUGUGGAAUGCAAGUUCUUCAGGCUGCAGCCAAUACCCUUCAGAACAAGACGACAGUUGUUGCGGAGUGCGGCACGCUGUAUCUGUCCCCACCCUAUAAACAAACUGGCAAUGUGACCUGUGCCAGUGGGUUUGGCCUUGUGGACAAUAUGUGCUUGGAGUGUCCUCGUGGCGCAUACAUUAAAGACUUGCUUUGUCAUGAGUGUCCUGUUGGGACGUUUCAGCCUAUCCCAGGACAGGACCGCUGUCAUCCAUGUCCUAGAGGUUUCUCAACUCCUUCCCCGGGGGCUGUACACAGUAUGGCAUGUCUUGAAAUAUGUCGUGAGAAUACUUACUCCGUGACUGGACUUGAGCCUUGUAUCCCAUGCCCCGUGGGCACAUACCAGACGCUGGUGGGCUCAGUGCGGUGUGAACGUUGUGACACAAAAGUUGCGGGAGUCCCUCAGAGCUGUAAAGAAAUCUGCUCUCCUGGUUCAUUCAGUCAAACUGGUGGCACCCCAUGUACCUAUUGUCCUGUAAACACUUAUGCACCUGACAAGGGUAUGACAACAUGCUUGGAAUGCCCUGACGACAAGAUCACAGUGAAAAUUGGGAGCAAAGAUUUGAAUGACUGCAAAGCGAGAGACUUGUGUGAUGGCGACCCGUGUGGCUUGAAAGGACUCUGUCACAGAGAUGGGAGGAACUUCAUCUGUGAAUGUUUACCUGGAUACUCGGGUCCCACAUGUCAAGUGAAAGAUGACAAGUGCUCCAGCAGGCCGUGUCUGCACGGAGGCUCUUGUACGACUUUGGCCAAUAAUGGUUACAGCUGCCACUGUGCACAAGGAUUCACUGGACGGAAUUGUGAAAAUAUAGUGGAUCAUUGCAGGUCAUACCCAUGCCAACAUGGCUUUUGUAUCAAUGCUGGAAGUUCCUUUGAGUGCCACUGUUUCUUAGGAUAUCAGGGAAAAUGGUGUGAGGCAAGGUCCAACUACAGUGUGUGUGAAAACAUUAGCUGUGCCAAUGGGGGGACUGCCUUUGACAUGGGACGAUAUUGUGAAUGCUCUUGUGUGGAUGGAUUCUCGGGUCCCCUCUGUGAGACUGACAUUGAUGACUGUCUCCUGAAUCGUUGCCUGAAUGGGGGCCGCUGUGUGGACGGGCUUAACACCUUCUCUUGUCAUUGUCCUCUAGGUUUCACAGGGGAUCUUUGUGAGCAGAAUAUAUUUGACUGUUCCAGCUCAACCUGUCACAAUGGUAGCUUUUGUGAGGAUGAAAUCAACGGCUAUACUUGUAUUUGUCCUCCUGGUUACACAGGACGAGACUGUGAUAUUGAAGUUGACGAUUGUCUAUCACUUCCAUGCCAGAACAGUGGAACGUGUGUCAAGGCGGGGCAAGAUUUUCAUUGUUUGUGUGCUCAAGGGUACACUGGAUCAAGAUGUGAACUUCCUGUUGAUCCAUGCUCCCCAUUACCUUGCAGUCCAGACGGUACAAACACAUGUGAAAAUGAUGAGGAUGCCUUCAAGUGUACAUGUCUUUUUGGAUGGAAUGGCACCCUGUGUGAUGAGAGAGUGCUGCCCUGCAACAGCACCCCUUGUGAAAAUGGCGGCAGCUGCUUUGAUGUAGGCCACAGCUAUUUCUGUUCCUGCCCAGAAGGAUACACUGGUCCUGACUGCUCUGUGCUUGUGAACCCAUGUGAACCCAGCCCUUGCAAAAAUAAAGCCAAGUGCACUACAGUACAUGGAAGACAGUUCCGGUGCAGCUGUGAGUCGGGCUUCUCUGGCCCACUGUGCGAAGAAAAUGUGGAUGAAUGUGCUUUUCACCCUUGUGUCAAUGGGGCAACUUGUGUGGACUUGAUAAAUGACUACUUGUGCCGAUGCCCUGUGGGUUUUACUGGUCAACUGUGUCAGUUUGACAUUGAUGAGUGCAUCAGUCAGCCAUGCCAGCACAACAGCACUUGUCAUGAGGGACUAGGAGACUACACCUGUGAAUGUUUACCAGGAUAUACAGGAAAGCAGUGCAGUGUGGAAAUUGACGAAUGUGAUUCCUUCCCGUGUUUAAACGGAGCCACUUGCGUUGAUGGCCAGGGUUCAUUCAGUUGUUCCUGCCCGGAAAGAUAUACAGGCACCCUCUGUAAUGAAGUUGUCCCAGGGUGUAAGGCAAACUCAGGAUGUCUAAAUGGUGGCUCUUGUCUCAUCACCCAGACAGAGGAACUGUGUGUCUGCACGCCUUAUUAUUUGGGACCUGACUGUGGGAAAAAAAAGUCUCCAAACUAUGACCUGUUCUUUCAAGGAUUGAUGGACCAGUCCCAUUCUUCUUUAGACAUGUCAGUGGAAAAUGUUCAAGGAUUUACAUUAUCUCUGUGGGUUCGAUUCAUGGACCCUCAGGCUAAUGUGGAAUACUUAUCUCUUACUACCGAUUCUGGGAAUGAAACUCCCUACCGCAAUGUUUUAACUUUGACUGGCUCAACGGCAACUCUGCCAUAUAGUGCAGUCCAAGAUAUUGUCAAUCUGGAUGUAAAUGAUGGACUCUGGCACCACCAGUGCUGGCUGUUUGGACCGUCAAGAUGGGAGCUUUACAGAGAUGGAGAGAAGUUCCUGCACGGUCAGAUGUCAGCUUUUGAACUUGGAAGAAGAUUGCAGCUUGCACUUGGUCAUCCACUCAACACUAAGGAAGGUCAGAAGUUCUCUGGCUACUUUCAUGGAGUCAACUUGUAUAGUUAUCUCCUGGAGGAAACAGACAUUGUCAACCUUUCACUCAGUUGUCAGGACGACCAUUUGAUGAGUGGUGACCUUUUUGACUGGGUCACAGCAAGUUAUUAUUUUAACAACGGCCCAACUGAGGUCAUCAUGCCAUCUACUUGUCAACAGAACUCGUGUGCAGUGGGUCAGACAGCAGCUCAGUGUGGUCUAGUAAUUGACAAAAGUCCUCCAGAGGUGCUCAGGUGUCCUCAGACGGUGAUUGUGACCAAUGAGAUGGGUUUUGCUGUUGUUGACUGGGAGGAGCCAGAGUUCUCUGACAACGCGGGAGUGGUGUCGGUGAAACAAAAUUAUCGAGCAGGUCAAACCUUGCCUCAGGGGCAUUAUGUUGUCUUUUAUGUAGCCUACGAUGCAGAGAACAACUCAGCAGAGUGCUUUUUUGAUGUUUUUGUAAGAAAAUUUCAGUGCAAGGAUCCUUCUCCUCCUGCUAAUGGAGCCCGUGUCUGUGGGGAGUGGCAUCAUGGCAGAUACUGUAUUCCAUCUUGCCUACCAAACUUCAGAUUUGUCACACCAACACCACCCUUCUAUCGCUGUGGUUUGGAAGGGGAAUGGGAUCCUCCAAACGGAAUGCCUUUCAGUUUUCCAGCUUGUGCUCGAACACACCCUCCAGCUCACAUUAUCUAUGGUGGCAUAAACUUUGAAGGCCCAGGGUGUACUGACUCUCUUGAGACUCAGCUGCAGGCCAAAUUGGUUCGAAUCUUGACCCAGCUUGAUACUGUUAUUGGACUCUGUGACCAGGACGCCACCUGUGACUACUCUCAAAACCUGAAUGUGUUGUGCAGUGAAAAAGAACAUCUGAUACAGAAAAGAGCGUUGACCUCGACUAAAAAAUGGGCACGGUAUCAAGCUGAGAUGGAAAUGAGAAUUUCUCAAAGUUUAUGGCAUUUAGGUGGUUCAGAUACAGGGUCCAUAACAGAAGAAAUUCUCCAUGCCAUCAAAGAAGACCACUCUGGAGAUGAGUUCCAAUUGACCUCAGUUGACCUCAACAUCAAGUCCCAGUGUCAGCCAGGAGAGAUUCUUCUCUCCGGACACUCACUAGACAAAGAUGAAUGCUUGGAGUGUCCUGCAGGUCACCAGGUCACUGAGCGGUCAAAGUGUUCCCCUUGUCCAGUAGGUACCUUCAGGGAAAAUGGAGAGGAAUUGUCAUGCCAGAGAUGUCCUGGGAGUAUGACCACAUACUCUGCUGGAGCAACAAACAGGUCACAGUGUCUCGAACUCUGCAAGCCCGGCAGUUUUUACAAACGUAGUGAUGCAAAGUGUGUGGAGUGUUCCCGGGGAACAUACCAAGAUGUCGCUGGACAGUUGGACUGUAAAGUUUGUCCUGAGGGACAAACCACUCAGGCACCAGGGGCUACUCAUUCCACUGCAUGCUCAAACCUGUGUGGUGCCGGGGAAGAGAUGUCUCCGAUGGGCCAGUGCCAGCUCUGUGCUAAAGGAUCCUAUCGUGCAGGGGACGGUGACAGCAGCUACUGUCUCCCCUGUGGCUACAAGUGGACCACUCUUGGGGCUGGAGCCGUUUCUGUCUCUCAGUGUUCCAUUUUGAAAUGUGAAAAAGGUCAUUAUCAGGAUUCGGAAUUGGGAACUUGCCUCCCCUGUCCACUUGGCACGUUCCAGACUUCCAGAGGGGAAACAGAGUGUGAACCAUGUGGGGUCGGCUUAACCACUACGGAGCCAGGUGCCACAGCUCGGUCAGAGUGUGAAGCCGGGGAGGUGGAUGAGUGCGCUCUGCAGAUUCAUGAUUGUGCUGACAAUGCUCAGUGUGUGGACCUGCCCCAGGGGUUUGAGUGUAAAUGCAACCAUGGAACAAGUGCUGAUGGAAAAAAUUGCAUAGAUAUCUGUGACAGCCUGUGCAGUGAACUGACGUCUUGUGGGGAGCAAGAGGAGAGCACAAUUAAGAAUGACAUAGGUCUGCCCUGCCACUGUACUGUGCAAGUUUGCCGGGAUCAAGUGUUGGGGUCACCAACAUUCCAUACCCUGGUGAUCGUCAGCAUGACAGUGACGGCAGUAGCAACGCUGCUUCUUUUUAUCAUUAUUGCAGCAUGUGUUUACAGGCGAAAUAAACAUGAGAAGGAGAAAAAGCAUGUCCGGAUCUACCGCGAGGAGAGGGAACUGGUAGCCUUCACAAAUGAGGCUUUUGACUCGUUUCCCAUUCACACCACCAAUGUCACUCUCAGUGUCAACAGAAAUAACAGCUCUCUCUUCCCAGUGGGAGCUAACAAAAUGGCCACCAGGUGGCAUCGACAAAGCUUUGUGUCUUCUGUUGGUCUAUCUUGUGAUGAUUUCGAGUCAACUGAUCUAUAAGGUGUAAUGGUUCUUUAUUGGUCUAAAAAAUUGAAGUCCCUUUUAACAAGACUGAGAUAUUCAGCAAGUUCUUGAUUGAUGCAUUUGAAAAUUUUGUCUUUAACUACCUCCACAUGUCAUUCCGGUAUGGCGUCUUGUGUAUGUUUAAAAAAAAGAUGCCUGUAUAGUUCUAUUGAGCACGACUCUGAUUCAGCCUUCUUAGCUACGACACUUAUGCUGACUUGGAGUUUUUAAUGGUUUCAAAUUCAUUUUUGUAAGAGGUCAGACAAAGUCAGUCUCUGAGAGUAUUGACCUGACUUUUAGGAACAUCUUUACUAAUUUUUUUCAUUGACAAUUCUUACAUCUAAAACUAGCAA